AUGGCCUGCCUGGAGGUUCAGAGGGCUGGAGAUGUUGGUGGUUUUGGUGGUGGCCUCGGUGGUGGCUUUGGUGGUGGCUUUGGUGGUGGCUUUGGUGGUGGUGAUGGGCUCUUGGUGGGCAGUGAGAAGGUGACCAUGCAGAACCUCAAUGACCGCCUGGCCUCCUACCUGGACAAGGUGCGUGCCUUGGAGGAGGCCAAUACUGAGCUGGAGGUGAAGAUCCGUGACUGGUAUCAGAGGCAGCGGCCCACUGAGAUCAGAGACUACAGCCCCUACUUCAAGACCAUUGAGGAUCUGAAGAACAAGAUCCUCACGGCCACUGUGGACAAUGCCAAUGUCGUCCUGCAGAUCGACAAUGCCCGCCUGGCUGCGGAUGACUUCCGCACCAAGUAUGAGACGGAGUUGAACCUGCGCAUGAGCGUGGAGGCCGACAUCAACGGCCUGCGCAGGUUGCUGGACGAGCUGACCCUGGCCAGGGCCGACCUGGAGAUGCAGAUCGAGAGCCUGAAUGAGGAGCUGGCCUACCUGAAGAAGAACCAUGAGGAGGAGAUGAACUCCAUGAGAGGCCAGGUGGGUGGAGAUGUCAACGUGGAGAUGGAUGCAGCACCUGGCGUGGACCUAAGCCGCAUCCUGAAUGAGAUGCGCGACCAGUACGAGAAGAUGGCAGAGAAGAACCGCAAGGAUGCCGAAGACUGGUUCUUCAGCAAGACAGAGGAACUGAACCGCGAGGUGGCCACCAACAGCGAGCUUGUGCAGAGUGGCAAGAGCGAGAUCUCUGAGCUGCGGCGCACUGUGCAGAACCUGGAGAUUGAGCUGCAGUCCCAGCUCAGCAUGAAAGCAUCUCUGGAGAACAGCCUGGAGGAGACCAAAGGCCGUUACUGCAUGCAGCUAGCCCAGAUCCAGGAGAUGAUUGGCAGUGUCGAGGAGCAGCUGGCACAGCUGCGCUGCGAGAUGGAGCAGCAGAACCAGGAAUACAAGAUCCUGCUGGACGUGAAGACACGGCUGGAGCAGGAGAUUGCCACCUACCGCCGCCUGUUGGAAGGCGAGGAUGCCCACCUCUCCUCCUCCCAGUUCUCCUCUGGCUCACAGUCAUCCAGAGACGUGACCUCCUCCAGUCGCCAGAUCCGCACCAAGGUCAUGGAUGUACACGAUGGCAAGGUGGUGUCUACCCACGAGCAGGUCCUUCGCACCAAGAACUAAGGCUGUCUAGCAUGGCUCAGGCCUAGGAUGUUCCCUGCGUGGACACAGCUCUCACUGGAGGAUCCCUACUCUUGCCUCCAAGCCCUUCACACCUGAGCCCUACUUCACCCUUUUCCCUCCCCA